ACCCAUUUCCCCCACACCCAGCCACUGUGCCAGAUAUCGCCGUCACUUCUUUCUCUUCACUCUCGUUGGUCUCAGUCGGGCUCUCCACCGAGCUCAGAUCCCCGAUCGAGAGUCACACUACUCCGGCGGGUCUGCGGAAGCUUGUGAGCAGGCGGGGAGUCCAUCGACCACCACACCGGCGGCACAGCUACGACUGAGUUGAGGCUUCGACGGAGGAAUGAGUAAGGCAAGCGACAGAUUCAACAUCAAUUCUCAGCUAGAGCAUCUUCAAGCUAAAUAUGUUGGAACAUGGCAUGCAGACUUAAAUAGAUUCGAAUGGGGUGUGAAUAUCCAACGCGACAGUUAUGCAUCAUACAUUGGCCACUACCCUAUCUUGGCCUAUUUUUCUGUUGCUGAAAAUGAAUCCAUUGAAAGACAACGCUACAAUUUUAUGCAAAAAAUGCUGUUGCCUUGUGGUCUUCCUCCAGAGAGAGAAGAAGAUUGAAGUCCUGUGUUACUUGUGGCUGCUUCCUUGUAUUUUUAUUUAUACUGCUGUGUAGAACUCUUUAUGCGUGUUGAACUGAGAUCAUCUGUAAUGGAUUUGAAGUUUGCUGGCUACAGAUGGUAAACACUUGUUUAACUAUUUUUCUGUUUCUUUGUUUU